UACAUACCAAUUUUCAAUAUAUAUCAGCAGCUCCAAAGAGAAAAAAACAUUGUGUCUAGAAGUACGAACAUAAUAUCGGUAUUUAGUCAGCAUUAGAUAAACUUUUCCAUGAAAACUAAAGUAGACAACUUUUCCAUUUACUGCAAAAAAAGAAAAGUAAAACGAAGAUUAUUUCCUUAAAAAUAAAACAUCAACGAAAAGAAAUAACACUUUUUUGUAAAUUAUCUACUCUGAUAAUCAAUUUCUGAUUGACGAAAUAAAACGAAAAUAAUUAACAAAUAUUUGAAAGAGAAACAAUAAACAUUGAGACAAAUAGAAAAAUCAUAAACACCCAAGAACGAUUGUAAGCAGUGCACCCGUGUGCUGUUGUGAUUCAACUGGGUAUCAAAAGAAUAGAUUUACAAUUGUUGGAAUAUCACUUCACAUCAAACUGUUUCAAUAAAUUGCUGUGAAGAUGAAAAGUGGAAGCCUAGCCAUGUUUUGGUACAUUUUCAACACCUUCAUGCUAAAUGAACUUUUUGCAACAAGUUUCUAUCCCAAGUCAGUUGCCAUUUCGGAUUAUGGGAUUGAAAGGAUCUUUAAACAUAAUCCUAUUUCCCAAUUCAGGCGCGACUCUCACGGAAUACUAACAACAAAACCAAAGAGACGAAGAAAGAAAAAACUUUUGCAAAUUUUGGGAAAGGAUUUCAAUCCCAAAGUGAUGUCUAUUAAUAAACCAAAGAACAAAAAUGGAUCUUUGAGAUACGUCGACUAUCCAAUUGACAGCAUGAUGCAAGAUGCAGUGAAAGACCUAAAGAUUAAUUUAACCUAUGAUAACAACACCGCAAUGGUUCCUGAUACACAAAUUAUCGCUGCUAUUAAAACGUGGCUUGUAAAAAAAUCUUCAUGUCCAGUUCAGUAUUCCUGGGUUAACGUUGGAGAAUUUUUUUGGCCGCCAUGGAUACGGCAAGGAAGUUGCACCGACAACGGACAGUGUUCGUGGCCGCCUGGCAUGCGUUGCGUGUCUGCAAAAAGUAAAAUUAUCCAUCUGCUAAGAUGGAACUGUAAAGAAAGACCAGGUGGUAAGGCGUCGAAUAGAUCUAAGAGCACAAGUCUUAAGUUGGGUUCGGUAAGGAACGGAAUUAAUCGACGGAAAAGUCUUCGACGACGGUGUCGCUGGGAAAAAAUUCCCUAUCCAAUUAUUGAUGAAUGCUUCUGUACGUGCUGAUGACACGGCUUAUAAAAGCGAUGAUGCUUAGUAUACUUUAUAAAUUGAUAACUGGACUACAGCCUCCUGACUGGCAGAAAUAUUUUGCUUUUUCUGCCUAAAUCCUUUGAAUAUUUCCCUUCGCUUAAUUUAUUGUUUUUUAUUAUCACCAUUCGAAAUAUUAUUCGAUCGCCUGAGGUGAGUCAUCUCUGCAAACUGAUUUUGAAACUCUUUCACUUCACAUAUGCCGUUAUAACCUUGAGAAAAACAUGAACGUCAUAGCACAACAUUUCCUUUUCCUCUAUAAAUAUGUGGCUUUUCGGUUCACAAAUAAAUUAUUAUUUGUGGGAAAUGACGUGCUAGAGCAGCAAGUUCUCUUAUUAAAUCUACGAUCUAGUUUCAGCUGUCUAUAUGAUAGUGCAUCAUUUCCAUCACUGAUGUUAAAAAUGACCAACUAAAUAUACAACUUCCAAUCCACCAUUAUCUCUUUGAUCCUAACCAAACAUUGCUUCUCUUUCACUCUUCCUACAUCUUUAAAAAUUUGAUCAAUCAAUGCCCCGUUUCCCAAUCUGUAUCUGCAAACCUAACCGAUCUGUAUCUGUGAACCUAACAAAUCAUUACACCUCUUUCAAUAUCUCUAAGUCUGUAUAAACUUGAGCAAUCUAUCGCUCUAUUUACCAACCAAUACUUUUCUCGCUUUCGUCCUAGUUACUUUAUGAUCUUGACCAAUCAAGCUACUCACUGUCUUCCAUGGUAUCUUUAAACCCGACCAAUGCUUCCCUUUUUCCCAAUCUACAUAUAUCCCUUCAAACCUAACCAAUCGACUCUUUGAGAGAAAUCCUUAAUUCAGCAUAUACAGAUUAUACUGACCAGAAAAAACAAUAUCAGCUGAUCAGUAGACAAGACUAUGCUGAUGAGGCCUAAUAGACCGAAACAUCUCCAUAGUCGUCCCUUGCCAGUAAACAGAAAUCAGACUUUUCUUCUAAUCAUUCAAAAUAACUUUAAGAAAUUAAAUCUUAAUUUCUUGAAAUUAACUCCCGUUUACCUUGAGGGUCGCUAAUAUUCGCCACUAGAUUUCUGUUUACUUUCUCCAACAAAAAGAGAAAUCAGUGGAGAAUUUUUUGCGUACGACAUUCAAUACAUCAUCACUUAACUUAAUAAUCCUAAUAAUGUUAAAGCAAUUAACCAAUCACUAUAAACUCAGGAAAUGUACAUUUUAUUGAUAUUCUACAGCCAUAUUGUUUUCUAUUUAUAAUAUCGUGUACUGUUUAUUUUUAAUGACUUUAUUUCAAACAGUAUUUGUAAUAAAAGAACACGAUCAUUAGUGAAGAAGAUGAUAUAAUAUUGGUGGUAAUAAUAAUAAUAAUAAUAAUAAUAAUAAUAAUAUAAUAAUAAUAAUAAUAAUAAUAAUGAAGGUCAACUGAAUAAACGCUGCAACGAUAUUGGGAACUACGUUGCUAUAUCAAUUUUGAUCAAUAUUAUAUCCUCAGUAACUUAUGAACAUUCAGGUAUUGACGACUUUUAUACUUAUAAACGCACAUUUAAAAAAUGUAUAUUUCAUAUAAAAAGAAAAUGUAUCAGUUAAAA